AUCUCCGUCAACUUUGAUUUGGAUUAUUUCAACGUUUGCAGGCUCAGGAACAUGUCGAAACAAUUUUAGAGAGAAUUUUUUUGAGCACGAAUUGGCGGGUGCGAGAGUCUUGACGAACGGUGCAUCAAUUCCUCCACAUCAUGUUCACCCGUCAGCUUCCUCGAAAGAAGAAGUCGUGCAGCCAUUGCGUCAAAGCGAAGCGGAAAUGCGACCUGGAGACACCGAAAUGCAGAAGAUGUGCUAAGCAAGACUUGCGGUGCGAGUACCCUUAUGCGGAACGCCAUAUUGGAAGUGAAUCUUCCUUUGUAACGGCAACGCCCAAUACGUCUAUGGACCGGAAACUUGCCCCGUCAUUCGACUGUUCUCCUCCGCUAGACUUCGCAGCCUCGACAUUGGACCCAUUUCUUUCCGAAGGCUUGGGGUUAACAAUGCCGUCUCUCGGGUGCUCAGAUUUGGACCCCCUCGGGAUGAUGUUGAUAUCGGAGCAACCAUUACUCGAAGUGGCGCACAUGCGGCAGAGUCCCACUGCGUUCAGCAUCUCCUGUCUAAACAGUUUCUCGUCUUCCCGCUUGCUGUAUGCCAUAGAUCUGAUUAAGAAAGCACCAGAAACUAUGGUCAUGAAAAAUCAGACUCCCUGGUCUCAUCCACGACUAUAUGACGAUGCUAUGCCUCGAUGCCUGUCAGAGGCAUACGCUGCCAGUGCCCUCUCCAUGUCACGAAACAAUACCAAUUCCGAAUUUGUUUCUAGACAUAUAGAGAACCGAUUUGAGGAGCUACUUCAAGCAGAAAUACCGGCCACGCUUAGCGGCGUUCUGUCUCACGCACAUGCUUUUAUUCUAUAUCUCAGUUUACAAGUAUUCUCCAACGACUUUCGCGCUCACGCUCAGGCACACCGCGCGCUUUCUCAAUUAGAAAUGUAUGGCUACAGACUUCAUAGUUUACUCAUAAAAGACGGCGGUCUUAACUUAGAUAUGCUUCCUGCAUCUCUGUCUCUGUAUCCCAUCGCCUCAGCGGCCAUUGCAUGGCGUUCAUAUAUUCUUCACGAAUCCGCACGCCGUACACUUCUCGUCAUAUUCUUCAUGACGACUCUCUGUAAUGCAUUGCGAGGCGAGCUCGGAUACUGUCACGCUCGAGGAGCCCUGUACACUUACUUGCUCGGAUCCGCACACCUCUGGAGAGCGUCAUCAGCAUUCGAUUUCGCCAAGUCUUGGAAUGAGAAAGAUCGUUUGAUCAUUGAUAACUUGGAUUUUGCGUCGAUGCUAAACGCUGCCAACCCAGACGACAUUGAUGACUUCGGACGAAUGCUCUUGGUUGCAUUGCUAGGAGUUGAUGAGGUGCGAGGUUGGUUCGCCAUUAAGGGAGGCGCUUUUUGACUUCGAAAUGAAAUUUACCAUCUUUGCCUUUGUCGAACCAGGUUUGCUACGGAGCAUGAAGCUUACGAAUCGUCACGACUGCGAGGUCUGUCGAUGUGCACAUAU